CAAAGAAUGGAUUCGUUAUCAAGGAAUAUACAUGGAUACGCUGGACUUGGCAGCAGAUGAGGUCUACAAUCGAUUACCCCAUACAUCUCACAAUUCUGAUUUUGAGCCGUUGUUCCUGAAUCUUCCCACUGUUCCUUUACUAUCUGGUCUAACGUGCUCAGUGCAACAAAAAUUGCAGAAAUUUGCUCGUCUCACAAGCGUUCAGAGAUCAAAAGUGAAACGUGAGCAACUUUGUGACUCUUCCCUACCUAAAAUAAGUACUCAUAAUGUGCCCUUUGGCAAAGGAAUCACAGUAUCAAAUGUAAAUGGAAGAGCUGUAGUCAGAGCUUCCGCUCGAGCUGAAAUUAUUCGCAAAGAUGUAUUUUCUGCUGUUUUCAAUAACUGUCACAUUCUUGAUCUUCACCUGACCUUCCAUGGCCAGGAUGUAUUUUAUCUGGUCAAGGACAGUACAUGGCGAGUCGGUGAUGAUCUUAAUCAACUUCAGAGACUAGGCAAUUCUGCUGUGAAUACAACUGUCCAUGAAAGUAAACAAGAAGAUAGUGAUGGCCAGAAUUCUGUGCCUGGGCAGCAACAUCAAGUGGAUGUUAGAAUACACUCUCAUCACGCCAUUCUGAAUAUCCGGUACGGUACAACUCCAGAGCGUGAGCGUCAGAGAUUGUUGAGGCAUGCUAAGCGUCAAGCAGUAUCCCAGAGAUGGUCUCAAGAGAGAGAUAUUAUUUCAUCCAACCAAAGAGGGCCUCUAAAGUGGUCAGAAAGGGCAAAGGAACAGAUUUUAAGCACUGGGUACGCAAAUGGAUACAGGGGAGAAUAUUUUCAUGAUGUCAAUCUCUAUCCUGAGCUCGCCGAUGACCCUUCCAAUAUUGUAUUUCAUAGAAUUACGGACAGAGAAAGUAAAAGGUGAUUUUGAAUAAAUUAUCAGGUUAACAGAUAUUUGCCUAAGUGCUAAACGAGUAAGUAAAAACUGUUUCUGCAUCGAGGUAAAAAAAUGGUAGAAGGAGACCUCUUUCUGCGUAGGGUGAUCAAGAAAGUUAUGGUGCCAAGUAACUGGAAGAAGACAAGCGUUUUCUAAUGCCUAACUCAGGACAUAGGAUUGAGCAACAAGGAAUGAUUUGUUUGGUAUUCUUCGUAAACCUAUUUCCUUUUUAUAACAUAAUUUCAUGAGAAGGGCGUGAUAGAAUACGAAGUUAAAAUAGAUUAAUUAACUAAUCUGCCGCAGUUUCCAAGGAGAUUUCUACUGCGUAUAGUGCUUUACAAGUGGUCUGAGCUCUGACACGUGUUGUGUGCGUGAAAAAUAUUUUAAUAGGCAUACUGCUUAUGAAUCCUACUUCAGUGUAAAAUAUAUAUAUGAAGAGUGUGUAUAAAUAUUGACUAAUAUACUUUUCUUUCAGAUGUACAAUUCCUAGUGUUUCAUGGAAUUUAUAUGCUAUGGUAAAUGACAAUGAAAUAUAAAAAAAAAUUAUCUUCCUUCAAUUGUAUAAGUUUUCCUUCAAGGAGUAACUUUCUUUGCUAUGUGCUUAUAUGUAUAUAUAUGUUUUUUCAUUGAUAUAAAUUGUGUUUUACUUCUUAACCAGUAUUCUUGGAAAAGAAAAUCUAAAAUAUGAAUGUGAUAAAUAAUUGACAAUUCAUAUGAAUUCGUUUCCUACAUCGUAAUUUAUUAUAAUGUAUCCAUUAUAAUAUAAAUGUUCUUGAACAUUUGAAUAUGAGGCAUGGUCUUGAAUAUAAGAAUUAUGACUAAACACAUAUCUUGACUAAACGUUAAUUAUUUUAUUAGAUUUUCUGGAAUUUUACAUAUCGUGAAACUUUAAAUUUUUAUUUGAAUUAUCAUAUCAUUGGGUAAUUAAGAAAUCAUAACUCAGGUGUUUGAGCAAAUUUGAGAUAACCUUAACUGAACUAUUUAUAUCAUUUUAAAAUUAAAAGAAUAUAAGAGUAAAUACACUAAAUUAGAAAUUCCAUUUGGUGCAGAUGUCCCCUGUUUCUUUACAAUCUGCAACACAAUUAAUAUUUAAUAACCAUUAAAGCUUUUAUACAAGUGCUCUUUUAGUUAAAAAAGAAGAGGAAUGGUAUUUGAAGUCGUUGUCGAUAUGUCAUAUCAAUUUGUCUUAUUCAUAUGAAAUAUCUAGAAAUCGUAGAAACAGAUUUGCCAUAUCACAUUUUUCAUUUCUCAUACCUAAAGCACUAAAUGAAUUACCGAUCUAAAUAAUAUUAUGGUUACAAGAAACUACGGAUUUUCGUUUCUUCAUAUCAUCAACCAGAAAGCUACUGCUAUUAAAGAAAACAAAAUUCGUUUACCACUGUAUCAUAGGAUCUACCAAACCACUAAUUUUGAGGAAUUUGAGUAACUGGACAUUCAGAUACAUUUAUUGAACAUAUUUUAGAACAUAUUAUAGGCUGUCUUAAGAAAUUUAAAAUAUACAUAUCGGUUUCAAAUGCAAGUCAAUUUUCAUAAUUUAAUAAGUUGCAUUAACUUGUACCAUUUUAAUGUCGCGAUGUAAAUACACUUUCUGUUAAACGUUUGUACAAAUGUUUGGUUCCCUCCUUUAAUUGGUACUGAAACAUUUUUUUAACAACAACAUAAUUUCAGAUAAAGGAGGAAAUCUUUAAUAUCCACAUUUUAGUACUGUGUUGCGUGUUAAAAGAUUUAGUUUGGUACAUGAUGAAAAUUCUGUAUAAUUAAAAUUCAAGAAAAACGUAUCAUAAGAAUGAAAUAAAAAGGGCUCCAAAGCAUAAUACGACCUUCCAUAAUCCCGAAGGUCAGUAUUUUAAUUACUUUCACGAAUGAUUUACUCUUUCAAUUACGCAAGUUUAAUAUCGGAAUUCCUUACAUUUUUAAUGCAUAUUAACAUUAAAAGAAAUAUGGCUUGAGAAAAGAGUUGCGCCUUGUACCAGCAUGACGCAUGCAUUUGUGUUUUUAAUUAAUGUGGCAGUUCUUUUUUUUAUGAUUCACUAUAUUAAUAACGAUUUGCUUUGGAGAAACUCAAGAAGUGAAGAUUCUGUGCUUUGGAAAACUGGCGUAAUGUACCGGUGAGUGUACUGGAGUAACUCUCAUCGGUUCAUCUCUUGCAUGUCAAUCAGUUCAAUCAGCGUUGAACUAUCGAGGGGAUAUGCCUUAGUUUCUGAAUGAUAAAGUUUGCUUGCAUGCCUUCGGUGCAAUCAUUCUUCUAAGAAUCUAAAACAUAUAUAUGUAGCUUAAAUUAUUUUAUAUCAUGUCACUACAGUUAAACAAUUAAUUUUGGAAAUAUUUCCAAAUGCAAAUGCAAAUUAAAUUGAGUCUCCAAAUCUACUUCUUAAAAUUCAAUGUAACGUGCAUUAAAUGUACUAUGACGUAAUACUCUUGACCCAAAAUAUGUUCCAGUAAAUGUCCCCAAAUAAAAUCUACAUAUGCCGGUAGUGUAGUUCUGUGCCGGCGGUGUAUUUUGGCCGAAGACAAACAAAACAUUUCCUAUGAACAUAUCUCAAGGAAGAGUAUAAUUUACGAACCACGAGAUGUUGAAAAUCAAUGACACGUUCAUGCGAAGAUUAGCUGUCUGCUCAGCGUGGAGUAUUCAAUGCCUUCAACAUGCUACCACAACUUAAGAUGAGGAUGUGGAUGUUGAUCAUCAGUAUCUCGUAAGCGGUGAAAUAUGAGCUCUCAGCUAUCAAUUUAUGGGAUAAAUUUGGUUCAAUUUUGGCCGCAGUGUAGGCUUCUGAUGUUUAGCGACUUCAUUUUGAGACGCUUGAUGUAUAAACAUAUCAAGAGUUUAAGUCACAAAUUAAGAUAAUAUAUGUCGCGAAUGUCGUAAGUAUUGUUAGAGGAAAAAUAAAUUUAACAACUUUUUUGUGUAGAAUAAUUCAAAGGCAACUGAAAUUAAUGUUAUAUCAACUCUGUUACAAAGUUAUGAUUCUUGCUACUUCAUUAGAUUUCAGCAUUAUUGCCAUCGAUAUUUCAUGUCUAGUUUAAAUGCGUGCUAUCAGUUCUGGCAAUUACUUCAACAAUAUUUCCUUUCAUGUUGCUUUGCUAUACAUACUUUUUGAUUUCGUGGAGGAAACAUGUAAAUCAAAAAAAUCAAAUUCGAGAAGAGCACUGCUUCGAUAUUGGGUGAUUCAUUGGCUAAUUAACUAUGCCACAACUUUUCAGCGUCAUAUAACGGAAAAAAAGUGGUAAUCUGGCAAACAGCAUGCAACAUUCUAGCUAAAUUGGUUGUCCUUGGUAAGUAGAAUACUUGAGAGGUGUGUAGCCGCUAGUUGCAUACUUCAAAGGCUUUAAUAACAAGUCAAAAAGGGUUAAAUUACCCUUUUAUUCGACUUAAGAAUAUUUACACUUGGCCCCUCUCGGGCUUACAGGAAGUCUGCACUUGGGCUUAAAAUAAGAAUUUAAUCUAAUGCUGACUAAACUAGCCGAAGCUGCACAGAAAUAACUAACAGAGUUUGCCCUUAUUUAAAGCUCACCGGCGAAUACUAGUACGCACGUAACAAUUACGGCUGAACAUAGUAAGAUUUGGCUUAAAGCAAUGACGUCAGAACACGCUCUACUAAGAACUUCUAAGCCCAUUUGAAGUGACGGACCCCUAAAUACUAGUUUUAACACAUUUACCUACAAAGCGAUCCUGAAAACUCAUUCUGGAAGAACAUUGCAGGUGGGGAAAUAAAUAUUAAAAAAAAAAAGCUUAUUCAAAAACACAAGUAAGUAUUAGAAAUUAAAAUAAAUGUCUACAAACUUUUUAAAGAAAAUCCGCUCAUGUUUAUACCACGAAACAAGUAAUCCCAAAACAGCAUGCGUCCAGCUCAAAAAUAAAAUUAUACAGUAUUUUUAUGAUAAAUAUUUUGAAAAAAUGAUCGCUGCAAUAAAAGUCUAUGAAAACUUCGUGUAGCUUUUAAAUUAUAUUUUCUUUCGAAUUCACGUAAAGCCUAUUUUAUAACGUAAACGUAACAGUUUACAAAAUGUAAGAAAUGAGUGCAACUGGGUAUGAAUCAACCUUUAAAACUUUUGUCUCUUUCUGAGAGCAUUAUCGCGUAGGUUUAAGAUAAGAAUCUUCAGCUUCAUACGUAAUCCUCCUGGAACCUUCUUGAAGAAUAAUAAGCCAUUUGAAGUGAUUGUAGAUAAGAUAACAUUUUCCGCUAUUCAGCAAAAGCUGGGAAUAACAGAAUGGAAGCUUAUUUUCGAAUUCUUUUUUUUUUUUUUUUCAAACAUAUUACCUAAGCUGUUAACUAAAUGUUAAACCCCCUAUGGCUUGCAAAUCAACGAUUCGAACGAGUGAGAUAACUUUAAAAGUAAAUGAUAAAGCUUAACUGCUUCUGCAAUGUUUAUUUAUUUUAAAAGUGUAAAUUAAUUAUAACAGCUUAGGCAUCGAAAUUUUACUGUCUUUAAAUUGGACUUAAUAACUCUUUAUUUUGUUUUGGAUAAAUUGAAACAAUGCAACUAAAAAUUUUAUUUAAUGAAAAAUGACGAAUAUGGGGGAAAUAUUUCACACUUGUUUAUGUAAAUAUGCACCAGAAAAUUUUGUUUCUUAUCUUGGAAUAUUCCUUACUCUACAUUUUUAACAUAGUAAAAACUUUUUAGAAUAAUUUCCAUUCUUUUCAUUCAAUAAUUUUAUGUUUAUAUAUGGAACUUUUCAAAAUUUUUAUUUUUGCAAAAUGGAAUCAGUUAUUAAAACAAUAUUAUUUGAAACAAUGCACUUAAGAUUUAAUUAAAACGAUGGCAGUUCUAAAUUCUCAGAAGAUUGAUUGCACUAGAUUACAGAAUUUUGUAUAUAUAUGUAUGUGAAGAAGAUAUGUAGUUAUAUGAAUUUAAAAUAUUUAAAAACAAAAAGAGUUUCCUCAAAGUCAUCUGCUGUAUUCACUUGUGAAUGAUUCAAGCUGUGAAUCAACACUCUGUUAUUUAUUUGAUGACCGUGUUUUCUUUUUUUGCUGAUAUAAUAUGUUUAAGUUUUAAAAUAUUUAUUAAUGCAUUUAUGUAAUAAAAUAUUUUAUAUCA